AUGGAGCUUUUCAGCCGGCGCCGGCACCUGUUCAAGGACCGGCUGGAGAGGUUCAACGAGACGGCGCUGAAGAUCAGGGCCCUGGAGCAGGGCGACAGCGGGGUCUACGGGGCUCGGAUUAAGCUGGAGCCGGCGCUGGUGGAGGAUCAGUCCUUCAGCCUCUCCGUCUACGCGCCGGUGCCAGCACCGGAGAUCCAGCACCAGUUGCUCUCCUUCACCGCCCAAGCGUGCAACGUCACCCUGCGGUGCUGGGUGCUGGCCAGCAACACCACCGUGGCCGCCUGGCAGCUCGACAGCUCCCUCGGGACACCGUGCGGACACCUCAGCGAGGACAACCAGACGCUGCACUUGGCCGUGCCCGCCAGCGCCUUCAACUCCAGCUACACCUGCGUGGCCCGAAAUCCCAUCGAGGAGCGGAGCGUCUCCAUCCACCUGGACACCCUGUGUCGGCAGCAGGAGACACAUGGCCGGUGGAGGUGGCACUUGUGCCUGGUGCUGCUGGCCGUCUGCGCGGUAGCCCUGCUCGGCAUUGUCUGGCUGCAGAGGAAGACGAGGAGGAAGAAAGAAGCUGAGGGAGCCACCCUCGCCUCCCCCUCCAGCGAGGAUGCUCCGCUGGAGCUGCAGUACACCGUGAUCGAGAGAUUCCCCCUGGAGGCAAAUGAGCAGCAGCAAGAGCACCCCACCACCAUCUACAGCCAGGUGCAGGCAGGAGCGGGCAGCUGGGCCGAGAUGCUCGCCUGA